AGAGACACCAGGAGAUCCACAAAGGGGGCAACAACUCUGACGCAGACAGUCCAGGGGAAGCAGAUCCGGAGAGACCGUUCCCCUGCUCUGUGUGUGGUAAGAGGUUCACCGCAGCCUUCAGGCUUAAGGCACACAUGAAGAUCCACAGCGGAGAGAAACCCCACCAGUGCUCCGUCUGUGGCAAGGCCUUCCUUCGACCCUACGACCUUAAAAGACAUCUGGUGACCCAUAAAGGAGAGGGCACCAGCUCUGACCCUGACAGUCCAGGGAUCCUGACCAGGAGUUGAAGCCAUAUUUCUGCUCCCAGUGCGGUAAGAGGUUCACUGCAGCCAGCAGCCUGAAGACACACACAAUGACGCACAGUGGAAAGAAACCCCACCAGUGCUCCGUCUGUGGGAAGUGUUUCCUGCGAUACCAGGACCUGAAGAGACACCAGGUGAUCCACAAAGGAGAGGGCGCCAGCACAGAAAAACCCCACCAGUGCUCUGUCUGCGAGGAGAGUUUCUUGAAGCUCGACGACUUGAACAUUCACGUGACGAUCCACACAGGAGAGAAGACCAAGCACAUCUGCCAACCAUGUGGGAAGACCUUCACUCUGCUGCAGGACCUAAAGACUCACCAGCGCACCCAUACGGGAGAGAAACCGUACCACUGCUCCAAGUGCCCAGAGAGCUUUGGCAACCUGUUGGAGUACAGGGAGCACAAGCAGACGCACAAUAACAAGAAACCGUACCUUUGUGACCAAUGCGGCCAGACGUUCACCCACUUCUACACCCUCAAGACCCACCGGUCAAUCCACACAGGGGAGAACCUCCUCCACUGCUCCUACUGUGGGAGGGGCUUCACUCAGAAAACCUCCUUGGCGACCCACAUACUGAUCCACACCAAGGAAAACCGCACCAGUGCUCUGUGUGCGGCCAACGUUUUGCCAGAAGCGAAAGCCUGA